AUGUUGCGGCUGCCCAUAUCAUACUCCCUCCUCGGAGUCCUUCCACUUCUCCUCUCUUUGGGAGUAUACGCACAACCUCACGGCGACGACCAUGGCGGUAUGGACAUGCAUGGUGGAGGGAUCGCGCCCUCUCUUACCACCACUGCGAAACCGGCUGAUACCUCUGGCCCAAUAAGCUACUUUGCCCAUGGAGAACAUUUUGGAGCUAUCGCGGCUCACAUUGUCCUAAUGGUUCUUGCCUGGUUUUUCAUUCUUCCGAUCGUUGGAGAUAUUGGUGCUGAUCACCUUUACAACCCAGGUGUCAUGUUUAGCGUUGCGCGAUCCUAUCUCACUCUUCCCGUUCAAUUUCUCUUCCUUAUCGUCAAUGCGCUUGGGCUGCUUAUGGGUGUCAUCUAUAACAGCCAAACCCCAGAUUUGUAUGAAAAUAAUGCGCACCACAAAAUUGGAUGGCUCGCUACGUGGGUCAUAAUCGCGGAGGUCAUUAUGGGGCUACUUUUUGCCUAUUCCGGAAGAAGCAAAAGCGCUGGCGAUUCCAGUUAUGAAAGUGUUGCUUUCUUACCAGUGCCACAGGAUUCUCCUCAGGAUAUCCCGCGCGAAGGCCAACAUCGUUGGUCCGGCGAUAGUGGACAGGGGACUGAAAGAAGUUCUGCAUCCCUGCGUAGCCCACGGUCCAGCUCAGUGGAGCGUGGUCGUCGUAUGUACCGUGAUGGCGAGGCCGAUGAUUUUGAGGAAAAGCCACUCGAUGGAGCUAUACAUAACCCCAAACCACGACGGUUUUUCGGGGCUGCUUUCCUAGACAAAUAUCUGGCGCAUCGUAUUCCGGGCUUGCUACCUCAGCGCGUUCUGGACAUUUUAAGGAUGAUACAUGUCGUUAUCGAAAGGACAAUCCUGAUACUGGGCUUCAUCGCACUGGCUAGUGGGGGUGUUACAUAUGGUGGCAUCUUUGACGAGCCUGGCCAUUUUGCAAAGGCUGACGAUCCUCAGAGAGGUAGCAAUAUCUUUAACGGCCUCGCGCAUUUCAUCAAAGGAGGUAUCUUUGUGUGGUACGGACUUUUGACGCUGGGAAGAUGGGUUGGCUGCUUUGCCGAUUUCGGUUGGGCCUGGAACGUCAAACCUUCACGGGCAAUCGUGGGAUGGAAAGCUAGAAUCCCUACCGGCGAAUUUGUUGAGUCCUUUGUUAUUUUCCUCUAUGGCGCGAGUAAUGUGUUCCUUGAACAUUUGGCUGCUUGGGGCGACGCAUGGACGGCGCAAGAUCUCGAACACGUCUCGAUCUCGAUUAUGUUCUUUGGCGGAGGCCUGUGUGGUAUGCUCGCGGAAUCAACACGUCUCCGGGAGUGGAUAAACACAAGUGUGCUCGCAGCCCCAGUGCACUUGGAUCAGUAUGCGGAGGUCGAAGAAUGGCAACCACCAAAAACCCAGAAGCUAUCGCUUAACCCAAUGCCGGCCAUUGUGAUUCUCUUACUUGGCCUGAUGAUGAGUUCGCAUCAUCAGGCUAGUAUGGUUUCCACGAUGGUUCAUUCCCAGUGGGGUAUGCUUCUUGUUGGAUUCUCGCUCGCCCGCGCUGUCACCUAUGUCAUGCUUUACCUUCACCCGCCAUCUUCGUUGCUCCCAUCUCGACCACCCUCUGAACUGGUGGCUUCGUUUUGCCUUAUCUCGGGUGGUCUUAUUUUCAUGCUUAGCACCAAGGACGUGAUUGACGCAAUGGUGCACUACGACCUGAAUGCGAUGUUCGUUUUCACGCUCGGCAUGGGCUUCACGGCAUUCGUGAUGGCUUGGGAGAUUGUCACCAUCUCGCUCAAGGCGUGGGCAUCAAAGAGAUACGCACUUCCAGCUCCUCGAAAAUUCCGAUUUCCAGCAUAG